GUUAGCGCGAUAGAAGGAGAGAGAGAGAAAGGGCUCCGGUCGAACGGGAGAGGCAGGGAGAGGCGGGGGGGACAUCUGCAUUGAACUAGUGAAGCAGAGACGCCGACAAAGAGAACUGGACAGCGAACGCCACUCAGCGGUCACACGGGCAGAUCGCCCCAACGGGACGUGACGAUGCCGAAGAUGACGGCAUCCCGUUACCUUUUGAACGAGGGGUCUCGGGAACGUCGGCAACCGUCACUCUGCUGACGUUCACGAGCGACCCAGGACGUCAGCCGCGUGGUCCUUUUCAAACCCUCUGACUACGACAGACGGACAGUGAUCCCCGCUGUCAGCUGUAGACCGUCACUAACUCUUCCAGUGGGACUUGGAUAGAUCAAAAGGACAUUUUCUAUCUUAGUGGGACUUUGUUUUACAUUAUUUUCAAGGUCUGGGGAGCAGUGAGUCAUUGCUGUCUCAAUAUACUCUUCUUUUUUGAUUGGCUUUUAAAUGAAGACAUUUUUGGUGAAAUCUGAUUUAAAUGUUUUACUUCAACACGUACAACAAAGGUGCAUUUUUUUGUUGCUGUAAUCCAAACUGCACUACUGGGACUCCUCACAACGUGCUUUUGUUUGGUUUAGACUUAGUUUAGUUAGAAGAUGGACGAGGUGUACUUUUACUGCAGUAUGUGAUCAGCUUUGUGGUAUCUGCACAUCAGUCAUGAGGAACAGUGUUGAGAUUUUUUUUAACAAUAUUUAGUUUGCCGGAGUUUUGUAAGAGGUAGGUGUUCUUACAGGAAUGCACAUCUACGCUUGGAAUUAUCGUUGUCCGAGAAUAACCAUCACGUCCUUUGUGUGUAAGAACGGGAUUCAUGACUUUGGAGGAGGAAUAAAUAUUGCGAUUGGCAGCUAUCGAAACUCAUCCAAGUAGACAUUACCACCCUUGUUACAACUUCCUGUUGAGGCUUAACGGCUGCUUUGCAGGUACAUUUAAAAAUUGUUCUUCAACCGCUGUGACAGUAUGUGCACGACCCGAUCCGGAUGAAGAGGCAUUUACACAGUGCCACUCUGCCUUUACUUCGGAAAGGAAGUGUCACAUCACCGUUGGCAUCACUUUCAUUGACAGUUCGGGAGACUCAGAAGAGGCAACGACCACCAGACUGAGAGAGUCCUGCGAGACCAGAGGAGCCAUGCUGAGGGGCCUGUUUCAGAGGAAACCGAAACAUGAGAGACUGGAGGAAGAGCCUGAGGUCAGAUUCAAAGGCUUGCUGGUGUCAGAGAGAGACCUGGGAUAUACAUACGUCCAGCCUGGAGGCUCCGACUACCCUCCCCCUCCCCCACUUCCUCCCGCCGUCCUCACCAUCGAGCUCGGCGGCGGUGGCGACCACCGCGGUGGCGGAAGGGACGGGGACAACCACGGGUUGGGCGCGGUGGGCCUGGCCCCGGAGCACAACGCCACGCCGGGGGCGGCCGUUAGCUGGCAGGCGGCCAUCGACGCCGCGAGGCAGGCGAAGACAAUGGGCAACCCCGCGUCGGGCGGAGGGGCGGGGCCUGCGGCGGGAGGGGGCGGGCCCAUCUCCACGGUCAGCUCCACGCAAAGGAAGAGACAACACUAUGGCUCUAAGCCCAAGAAACAGACAACGUCGUCGGCCAUGAGGCCGCCGCGGGCCCUACUCUGUCUCACGCUCAAGAACCCCAUCAGGAGAGCCUGCAUCAGCAUCGUCGAGUGGAAACCAUUUGAGAUCAUCAUCCUGAUGACCAUUUUUGCCAACUGUGUGGCCUUAGCCGUCUACAUCCCCUUCCCUGAGGACGACUCAAAUGCCACCAACUCCAACCUGGAGCGCGUGGAGUAUCUGUUCCUCAUCAUUUUCACGGUGGAGGCGUUCUUGAAGGUCAUAGCCUACGGCCUGCUCUUCCACCCCAACGCCUACCUGAGGAACGGCUGGAAUCUGCUCGACUUCAUCAUCGUAGUCGUGGGGUUAUUCAGUGCAAUCUUGGAGCAGGCCACCAAGGGGGACGGGGGCACUCCUAUUGGAGGGAAGGCAGCGGGCUUCGAUGUCAAGGCUCUGAGGGCAUUCAGAGUACUCAGACCCCUCAGACUGGUCUCUGGAGUACCCAGUUUACAGGUCGUGUUGAACUCCAUAAUCAAAGCCAUGGUUCCUCUGCUCCAUAUCGCCCUGCUGGUCCUCUUCGUCAUCAUCAUCUAUGCCAUCAUUGGCCUGGAGCUCUUCAUGGGCAAGAUGCACAAGACCUGCAAUCACGAGCAAACGGGCACCAUUGCAGAGGAGAAGCCGGCACCGUGUGCACCCGAGGGGGCUUACGGUCGACACUGUAAGCACAACGGAACCGAGUGCAUGAUGGGAUGGGAGGGCCCCAACGAAGGCAUCACCAACUUUGACAACUUCGCCUUUGCCAUGUUGACGGUGUUCCAGUGUAUAACCAUGGAGGGCUGGACGGACGUGCUGUACUGGGUGAAUGAUGCAGUAGGGUACAGGUGGCCCUGGGUGUAUUUUGUCACCUUAAUCAUCAUCGGAUCCUUCUUUGUGCUAAACUUGGUUCUGGGGGUAUUGAGCGGAGAGUUUUCCAAGGAGAGAGAGAAGGCCAAGGCACGUGGUGACUUCCAGAAACUCAGAGAAAAACAGCAACUGGAGGAGGACCUCAAGGGAUAUUUAGACUGGAUCACUCAGGCUGAAGACAUUGACCCAGAGAAUGAAGAGGAGGGCAUGGACGAUGAUAAACCUAGAAACCUGAGCAUGCCAGCAAGUGAGAAUGAAUCAGUCAACACAGACAACGCCCCCGGGGGAGACGUGGAGGGGGAGACCUGCUGUACCCGGCUAGCAAAUAGGAUCUCCAAAUCCAAGUUCAGUCGAUACUCUCGGAGGUGGAACAGGCUGUGUAGGAGGAAGUGCCGGGCAGGGGUCAAAUCCCAGUUUUUCUAUUGGCUGGUCAUCUUCCUGGUUUUCCUCAACACUCUGACCAUCGCCUCUGAACAUCACCGGCAGCCUGACUGGUUAACAGAAGUACAAGACAUAGCCAACAAGGUGCUGCUCGCACUCUUCACUGGUGAGAUGCUGUUGAAGAUGUACAGUCUGGGUCUGCAGGCGUACUUUGUUUCGCUCUUCAAUCGCUUCGACAGCUUCGUCGUAUGUGGAGGGAUUCUCGAGACCAUCCUGGUGCAAACCAAGAUCAUGUCCCCUCUCGGCAUCUCAGUGUUGCGCUGCGUACGCUUGCUGAGAAUCUUCAAAAUCACCAGAUACUGGAACUCCCUGUCCAACCUGGUGGCAUCCCUUCUAAACUCUGUUCGCUCCAUUGCUUCUCUGCUGCUCCUGCUCUUCCUCUUCAUCAUCAUCUUCUCCCUGCUCGGCAUGCAGCUGUUUGGGGGGAAAUUCAACUUCGACGUGACCAGACGGAGCACCUUUGACAACUUUCCCCAGUCGUUGCUCACUGUGUUUCAGAUCCUAACGGGAGAGGACUGGAACUCUGUGAUGUAUGAUGGUAUCAUGGCGUACGGUGGACCGUCCUUCCCCGGCAUGCUGGUCUGCAUCUACUUUAUCAUCCUCUUCAUCUGCGGAAACUAUAUCUUACUGAACGUCUUCUUGGCCAUUGCUGUCGACAAUCUGGCUGACGCUGAGAGCCUGACAUCCGCCCAGAAAGAGGAGGAAGAGGAGAAGGAGAGGAAGAAACUCGCCAGGUUGGCCAGUCCAGAGAAACGUCACGCCAACGAGAAGCCGCCUCUGGAGAAGAAGAAAAAGAAGAAGAAGGAGAAGAUAGAGCUGAAGUCCAUCACCUCUGAUGGAGAGACGAACACUGCUACUAAGAUUACCAUGGAUAACUACGGUGGAGAUGAGAGUGAAGAGAAGAACCCAUAUCCGGCCAAUGAUUACAUCGACGAAGAGGACGAAGAGCCAGAGAUGCCGGUGGGUCCGAGGCCCCGGCCCCUCUCCGACACUCAGCUGAAGGAGAAGGCCAUUCCCAUACCCGAGGCGCGCGCCUUCUUCGUCUUCAGCCACACCAACCGAUUCAGGGUUCUAUGCCACAAGAUCGUCAACCACAACAUCUUCACAAACCUCAUCCUCUUCUUCAUCCUGCUCAGCAGCAUCAGUCUGGCAGCAGAAGACCCGGUCAAAAACGACUCCUUCAGAAACCAGAUCCUGGGCUAUGCAGACUACGUCUUUACUGGACUCUUCACCAUAGAGAUCAUUCUUAAGAUGACAGCCUACGGGGCCUUCGUCCAUAAAGGUUCCUUCUGUAGAAACUAUUUCAAUAUUUUGGACCUGGUCGUCGUCAGUGUUUCUCUCAUCUCCUCUGGAAUACAGUCCAGUGCAAUUAAUGUGGUGAAGAUCCUGCGAGUCCUGCGAGUGCUCAGACCCCUGAGAGCCAUCAACAGAGCCAAAGGACUGAAGCAUGUGGUGCAGUGCGUCUUUGUGGCCAUCCGGACCAUCGGCAACAUCGUCAUCGUCACCACGUUGCUCCAGUUCAUGUUCGCAUGUAUCGGAGUACAGCUCUUUAAGGGGAAGUUUUUCUUUUGUACCGACACCUCGAAACAAACUCAGGCAGGUUGCAGGGGCUCCUACAUAAUGUAUAAGGACGGGGACGUGACGAAGCCUGAAAGAGCCCACAGAGUGUGGGAGAACAGUGACUUUAACUUUGACGAUGUGCUGCAAGGCAUGAUGGCUCUGUUUGCCGUGUCGACCUUCGAGGGCUGGCCAGGGUUACUGUACCGGGCCAUAGACUCUCACACUGAGGACGUCGGGCCCGUCUACAACUACCGCGUGGUCAUCUCCAUCUUCUUCAUAAUCUACAUCAUCAUCAUCGCCUUCUUCAUGAUGAACAUCUUCGUCGGUUUCGUCAUCGUCACAUUCCAGGAGCAAGGCGAGCAGGAAUAUAAGAACUGUGAGCUGGACAAGAAUCAGCGUCAGUGUGUGGAAUAUGCUUUGAAGGCCCGGCCGUUGCGUCGCUACAUUCCCAAGAACCCUUCCCAGUACAAGGUGUGGUACGUGGUUAACUCCACCUACUUUGAGUACCUGAUGUUCACACUCAUCCUUCUCAACACCAUCUGUCUGGCCAUGCAGCAUCAUGGACAGACCAAAAAUUUCAAUGAUGCCAUGAACAUCCUCAACAUGGUCUUCACCGGACUCUUCACUGUGGAGAUGUUCCUGAAACUGAUUGCCUUCAAACCCAGGGGGUACUUUAGUGAUCCCUGGAAUGUGUUUGAUUUCCUCAUCGUAAUUGGCAGCAUAAUAGACGUCAUUCUCAGUGAGAUCAACCAUUAUUUUGUUGAUGCAUGGAACACAUUUGAUGCCUUGAUAGUUGUGGGUAGCAUUGUUGACAUAGCGAUCACUGAGGUUUACGGACUGCAGAACUCUGAAGAGAACGCCAGGAUCUCCAUCACCUUCUUCCGGCUGUUCCGCGUGAUGAGGCUGGUGAAGCUGCUGUCUCGCGGGGAAGGGAUUCGGACCCUGCUGUGGACCUUCAUCAAAUCCUUCCAAGCUCUGCCCUACGUAGCUCUGCUUAUAGUGAUGCUAUUCUUCAUAUACGCUGUCAUCGGCAUGCAGAUGUUUGGUAAGAUAGCGCUGCGAGACCACACGCAGAUCAACAGGAACAACAAUUUCCAGACGUUCCCUCAGGCGGUGCUGCUGCUCUUCAGAUGUGCAACAGGUGAGGCAUGGCAGGAGAUCAUGCUGGCGUGCUUGCCCGUUCGGCCGUGUGAGAAGGGAUCGACCAAUGAGACCAACUUGGACCACGAGGACUGUGGCAGCCAGUUUGCCAUCAUCUACUUUGUCAGCUUCUACAUGCUCUGUGCCUUUCUGAUCAUCAACCUGUUUGUGGCAGUCAUCAUGGACAACUUUGACUACCUGACACGUGAUUGGUCAAUCCUGGGGCCGCAUCAUCUUGACGAAUUCAAGAGGAUCUGGGCUGAAUAUGACCCAGAGGCUAAAGGGAGAAUAAAGCAUCUUGAUGUGGUGACCCUGCUGCGAAGAAUCCAGCCCCCACUGGGCUUUGGAAAGCUCUGUCCACACCGAGUAGCAUGCAAGCGCCUGGUGUCGAUGAACAUGCCUCUGAACAGCGAUGGAACCGUGAUGUUCAACGCCACGCUGUUCGCCCUGGUCAGAACCGCACUCAGGAUCAAGACAGACGGAAACCUGGAGCAGGCCAAUGAGGAACUGAGAGCGAUAGUGAAGAAGGUCUGGAAGAGAACCAGCAUGAAGCUCUUGGAUCAAGUAGUGCCCCCUGCUGGAGAUGAUGAGGUAACAGUCGGGAAGUUCUACGCUACCUUCCUCAUCCAGGAAUAUUUCCGCAAGUUCAAGAAGAGGAAAGAACAAGGGCUGGUGGCAAAGGUGGCCCCCAAAACGGCCCUUUCUCUGCAGGCGGGCCUGCGGACAUUGCAUGACAUUGGUCCAGAGAUUCGGAGGGCCAUCUCUGGAGACCUGACGGUGGAGGAGGAGCUGGAUAAAGGCCUGAAGGAGCCGGUGUCGGCUGCAUCCGAGGAUGAUAUCUUCAGGCGUACGGGUGGGUUGUUCAGCAACCACGUCAACCACUCCAACCAGAGUGAUGGCCGCGCCUCCUUCCCACAGUCCUUCACUACCCAGCGUCCUUUGCACAUCAGUCAGCAGGGCUCCCCUUGCGAAGGCGAGAGUCCGUCCCACGAGAAGCUCGUGGACUCGACCACUUUCACCCCUUCCUCUUACUCCUCAUCGGGCUCCAAUGCCAACAUCAACAAUGCCAACAACACCGGCAUGAUCGGGGUGGUGACCCAGGGCAUCAGUCGGUUCCCGAGCCCAUCUAUAAGCACUGUGGACGGGCACACGGGACAGCCGCUCACCCCCAUCUUGCUGCCGAGGUCUGCGUGGUGCUUUCCUCCAAAGAGCUCGGGGUCAAGUGAGAGCCGCCGGCCGAUCAUCCGGAGAGGCGAGGGUUCGACGGAGGAGACGUAUGACGAGAGCUUCGGCGACGAUGGGGAGUACCACGAGGACGACCACUCGCUCUCCUCUGACAUGCUGGUGUAUCACGAUGAAACGUGUAAGCAGUUGAAUCCCAUGGAGGAAGGAGAAGAGGGAGAAGGCAGAAGAGGAGGAGGAGAAGGAGGGUGGCAGUCUCCCAGGAGAGUCUUCCUCUGCCCCACCACUCUGGCGCGUAGAUCGUCUUUCCAUUUGGAGUGUCUCAGGAGACAGUCGAGGCCAGACGUCUCCCAAAAGACGUCUCUACCGCUACACCUUGUGCAUCAUCAGGCUCUGGCAGUCGCGGGGUUGAGUCCUCUGCUAAGACGGAGUCACUCGCCUACUCUCUUCAGCCGGCUGUGCUCCUCGCCUCCAGCCAGUCCCACAGCCCAUGGCGGUGACGCGUCCUACCAGCGAGUGCCCCCUCUGAGGCUAGAGGGCUUCAACUCACAUGAAAAGCUUAACACCAGCUUGCCCUCUGUCAACUGUGGGCCCUGGUACAGCGACAGUAAUGGGAACAGCCGGGUUCCCAGUCCCAACCCCAGUGUGUCAGCGUCCAAUCAAAGACCACCGCGGCCGGUGUCGCUCACAGUGCCCUCGCUACUGGGAAAAGACUCCAGCUCGCUGUGCCACGGCAGUGCAGGCAGUCUGGUGGAGGCAGUGCUCAUAUCAGAAGGUUUGGGCCAUUUCGCCCAGGACCCGUCGUUCAUCGAGGUGACCAAAGCCGAGUUGGCCGACGCGUGCGACAUGACCAUCGAGGAGAUGGAGCACGCCGCCGACAACAUUCUCAACGGCGACGCCUCCUCCGCCUCCCGGCACAGCCCCGACGGCGACCUCCUCCCCUUCCACACAGCAGCGGCGACGCACCGGGACCAAGGGGUCGGCGAAGGCGAGGAAGAAGCCGGAGGAAGCAGAGGCUCCGUCCACGGGCCGUCCUCGCUGGAGGAGCGGCGGGAGCUGCUCGCAGAGGAGCGGGGACGAGAGGAGGAAGAGGAGGAGGAGGAGGAGGGGGAAGAGGGGCAGCACAGAAGCUCGGUUGUGAUCGGAGGAGCGCGGCAGAGGAACAGCGGGCUGCUGGAGGACGAGGAUAUGGAGUGUGUGACGAGUUUGUAGGAGUUCGUAUUGACAGGUUUGAUUGGCCGACUGGCCUCUCUGACAUCAUCAGAGACUGACAGUUGUCAGUGGGUAACAGCGCCACGGCUGGCUCUGUCUGUCCCCGCCCCUCACACACACACACACACACACACUCUGUCUGCCUCUUCGCCAGACGUCUUCGCUCUGGACAAUGGCGGCCAGUGACGCAACAUUAAACACCAGGUUUUCACUUUGUUGGUUUAAAAGAGUUUGAUGUGUGUGAAUGUUUGUCGUCAAGUAUACCACACUAUACUCUAUACUAUCUGAGUAUAUGCGUGUGUGUGUGUGUGUGCUAUGAUUUCCUCUAUUUGUACGUGUGCGUGGGUGCGUGUGUUCUGCACACAGAUCCGAGUGUGUCUCUAAAGUGCCUCACAGUUUUAUCAUGUCCUCAGAAGUGCGAAAAGAAAAGUACGGGCGAGAAGAAAAGGGGGAACAUAAGGAUGAAAGAAGGGUAGAAGGGAAACAACGGCAGCAGGAAGUCCUUUUCGUGGGUUUCCUGCAGAUGGGUUAGUGUGUUUCUCGUUUUCAUUUCCUUUGCCUACUUGUUAUUGUUGAUGGUCUGGCCGCCAUGAACCCAGGGAGGGGACAGCAGACCAGCUUGUGGGAGGGGGGGGGGGGGGGGGGUCAGUUAAGGGUUUAGAUCUGACUGCACACACGUGUGGUGAAACGGUCAACUCCUCCUUCUUUGGUUCUCUGAUGAUGAAGCGCUGUAUUGAGUAAGCAGGGGCGAGGGAAACCCUGUUUGAUAUCUCAUUUCUCUUCCUCUUCCAAAGCAAAGGGACCUCGGAGCACAGCCCUGCCGGCCUGGGGAUGGGAUUAAGGUGACACACCACCCCCAGCCAGGGGGGGGAGGAUUUGAGGGACGGACCAACAGCCAACAGGGCUUCUGUAGGGGGGGGGGGGCAGAGAGAGAUUCACUCUCUGGCCUCCACGAAGCCAGCCAGCUCUGGUCAGUGAGAUGCCAGCGAGAGACACCUGUCACCUCGAUCUGGCUUCACCUCCUCUGCCGCUUUUCCUUGUUUGGUCACGCCCACUUCCUGCCAAACAGGAAAUGGGAGGAGCAUUUGGUGGCUAAGCAGAGACAGCGAGCCCCCUUUUCUGCCUCACACCUCGACGAUCCUCACUCCUCCCUCUCCUUCCUCCCUCUUCUUUGGUGAUUCGACCAUCCCUCUUCCUCCGUUGCUGGAUUUUUUUUGUGCUUUUUCAGCCCUCGGGAGGCGAGUGUGUCGAACAGGGCGACAGAAACGGAGGGUGGAGAAGAGUAUGGGAGUGACCGAUUGAAAAGAAAACAGACUGGGCAUGGACACGACAGGGGAUGUGUCCGUCAGUCAACCUCGCUUCCUCCUCCAAGACCCUCCUCUUCCUCCGAGCGUGGAAUCCUAUUGGAUUUGCUGCCACACACUCUCUCUACAGACCACGCCCACUAUGUAUUUAACGGUUCAAUAUUGUGCAAAACUGGCUCGCCAUGACGAUUUUGUUUUGUACUCAUGAUGUUAUUGGUUUAAUUUAUCCUUGAUUUGUUUGCAAAAUCGGGGUGCUGGUCUCAUAAAAUGUAUUUUUGCUCAAUUUAUUUUAGGAAAAUUUAAGAGGUUUUAAGUAUCGAAGCAGGGCGUAGUGUUUGCGUGCGAGUGUAUAACUAUAUUUUUGCGUGCGGGUGUGUGUCUGCGUUUUAGUACAGGAUGCAUGUACGAAUGUUUGAGAUAGCGUGUGUAUCUAAAAGGGGGGUCAUUCUCUCUAUCAGUACGCACCUUUUACAGAUUGUAUAUUUAUUUAUUUAUUUUUCCCAGAAGAGAAAAAAAUGCGUGAGGAUGUGAGUUUGUGUGCCUGAGUCCGAGUGGUUACUUAUGUAUUCUAAAAAGCAGAAUUUAAGCCUAGACAGUAAAUUAAGGUAGCAUUACAAGUAUGGUAUUGUGUGAGUUGGGGGGGGGGGGUAUGUGUGUGUGUGUGUGUGUGUGUGUGUGUGUGUGUGUGUGUGUGUGUGUGUGUGUGUGUGUGU